AAUAAACGUUUCUGUUUUUGGAGUAAUAAACGUUUUUUGUUUUUGUACCAAAAAAAAAAACGUUUUUUGUUUUCAUUUCAUUUUCGACUUCUCUACCACCGCCCCUUCUCUCACAACAACCACAGCCACAGCCACAGCCACCGCCACUCGGAAAUAAACCGAUGAACGAUAACAAUGACCUCAGAAUCUCACUACUGCUGCAUUUCCCACGAAUUCUUCCGAACAGCAUCCACAAACCCUGACAAAAUCGCCGUAAUCCAUGCUUCCGCCGUCGCCAACCUUUCCCGCGAAAACUUCAACGGAGACAUUACCACGCUCUUACAACAGCGCGUCGAAUCCACUUCUCCGCCACUCUACCUCGGUGAUCGUAGCUUCACUUACUCUCAUCUCUUGAACGCUGUUUCUUCUCUCAGUUCUCGUCUUCGCUCUAUCCUUCAUGGUGCUGAUGACCCGCACCUGAUCACAGCCAAACCUCAAGGUAAAAAUGGUGUCCACUGUGAAGUGGGAGCUGUUCAGACAUCUGAGUCCUUGAAAACCGUCAAGCCUAGUGCAGAGUCAAGGGUUAACUCCAGCGAAGAGUAUAAGCCAAAGAUAGUGGGGAUAUAUAUGCCUCCAUCUGUUGAAUAUAUUAUUGCUGUUCUUUCGGUAUUGAGGUGUGGGGAAGCCUUCUUACCUUUGGAUCCUUUUUGGCCAAAUGAAAGGAUACUCUCAGUUGCUUCUUCUUCAAAUGCUGAUCUCAUUAUAUGGUCCAGAUCUUCAUUUGGUAACAGUAAUUUGGACCGGUUUGAUGAAUCACAUUGGCUGGUAAAGUCGAUUAGUUGUCCUGUUUUGAGCUACUCCAUUAAAGAAAAUCUGCAAGAAUGUAGUUGUUCAACAGAUUUGCCGUGGCCUUGUGCCAAUGAAAAGAAAAGAUCUUUUUGUUAUCUGAUGUAUACUUCUGGAUCAUCUGGCAAGCCUAAAGGAGUGUGUGGUACUGAACAAGGUCUUUCAAACCGCUUUUUAUGGAUGCAAGGAAUGUAUCCUUUGAUUGGGCAAGAGCUGUUGUUGUUUAAGUCGUCAAUUAGCUUCAUUGACCACCUGCAAGAAUUUCUCAGUUCUAUUUUGACUGCCUGUGUAUUAAUUAUUCCUCCUUUCAGCGAGCUCAAAGAAAAUGUAUAUUCCAUAAUAGAUUUUCUACAGGCUUAUUCUGUUAAUAGGCUUACGGCUGUUCCAUCACUCAUAAGAACAAUUCUUCCUGUAUUGCAAACUCGUGCUGACAUGCGUGUUGAAAGUUCGCUGAAGUUACUUGUGCUAAGUGGUGAAACUUUUCCUUUUGCCUUGUGGGAGAUGCUUUCAACUAUAUUACCAAAGACAACAAUCUUGAACUUAUACGGAAGUACCGAGGUCGCUGGUGAUUGUACAUAUUUUGAUUGCAAGAGGAUACCAUUGGUUUUGAAGGAAGAAAUGCUAACAAGUGUUCCAAUAGGUUUACCCAUCACUAACUGCAAUGUACAGAUUAUUGGUGAAAAUAGUGCAUCAAAUGAGGGUGAGCUAUACGUUGGCGGGUCUUGCAUAUUUAGGGGUUACUACAAUGAAUCUGAUGGAUUUGUAAAAUUGCCUCAAAGUUAUGGUUGUGAAGAUAUUGUUGAUUCUUGCCAAAGCCAAUUAUACUUUAAAACUGGUGAUUUAGUCAAACAGUUGACAACUGGUGAUUUUAUAUUCUUGGGAAGAAAAGACCGUAUAGUAAAAAUUCAUGGGCAACGUAUUUCCCUGGAAGAAGUUGAAAAUUUUCUAAGGGAACAUCCCUAUAUAAAUGAUGCUGCUGUAGUUUGUCGAAAUCUUCAAGCAGAGCUUGUGCUUAUUGAAGCUUUUAUAAUAUUGAAGGACAAACAACAAUUGGGUGAAUCAUUAGUACCUGCAAUCAGGAGUUGGAUGAGUAACAAACUUCCAUCAGUUGUGCUCCCUAACCGUUUCAUCUUCACAGAAUCAUUCCCUGUGUCUUCUAGUGGUAAGAUUAAUUAUGAGUCAUUGGUUAGCUCAGCCUUAUUGACUAAGAAUGUCAACGAUAAGAUUGGCAACAUUAGCUGCAGUGAUCUACUGCAACUUAUUAAAAAGGCGUUUCACGGUGCUUUAAUGGUUGAAAAGUUAUGUAAUGGUGAUGAUUUCUUUAUGAUGGGUGGUAACUCUCUUUCUGCUGCACAUGUUGCAUACAAUUUGGGGAUUGACUUGAGAUUUCUUUACUACUAUCCAACUCCGUUUAAGCUUUGUAUGGCUCUUCUCCAAAAAAGAGGAUUAUGUACUUUGCAUGACAACUCGGAUAAAUGUUUGCAAUUAGAUGCAGACAUACAAAAUAACCCUUUAUCUUCCAGUGAUACGGAAAAUUCAAUUCCUCUUCAGUCAAGGGUGAUUCCUAAAGAUAAUGCUGAUGUUUUGUUCCCUUCUAAGCGCUUAAAAAGGGGUUCUACAGAUGUUACAUCAGGGGGAAAUGAACCAUUUCCUUGGCAUUCCCCUUCAAUAUUCUCAUCAUCUUCAUUUAGCCGAUGCAACAAGGUGUUGUAUGAAGGGAAAACUUCUGUAAUGGAUGCACACCAAACAACAACUUGGUCAGUCAAUGCUCCAAGAGGAAGCAGAGGUCACAUGAAGAGCUUUUGGAAAGUUAACAUGAAAUCUUGUGUUGAUGCUUCUCCCAUGGUUGUGUCUAAAGGCUCAGAUAUGUAUUUAUUCAUUGGAUCUCACUCACACAAAUUUCUCUGCAUAAAUGCUAGAAGUGGUUCUAUGCAGUGGGAGACCAAACUAGAAGGUCGGAUUGAAUGUACAUCAGCGAUUGUUUCUGAUUUUUCCCAGGUGGUUGUUGGAUGUUACUUGGGAAAAAUUUAUUUUCUUGAUUUUUGGAAUGGACAAAUCUACUGGACUUUUCAAACAUCUGGUGAGGUUAAAUCACAGCCAGUUAUAGACACAUGCAGACAAUUGAUCUGGUGUGGCUCGUAUGAUCAUAACUUAUAUGCCCUUGAUUACAAAAAUCAUUGUUGUGUCUAUAAGCUACCGUGUGGAGGUAGUAUAUAUGGGUCGCCUGCAAUUGAUGAGGCUCGCAGCGUACUUUAUGUGGCCUCCACUGGUGGUUGUAUAACAGCUGUAUCGAUAUCAGCUUCGCCUUUUAGUAUAUUGUGGCUACUUGAAUUAGAAGUCCCCGUGUUUGGUUCUUUGGCCGUCACCCAAAAUGGAACUGUAAUAUGUGGCUUGGUCGAUGGCCAUGUUCUUGCAUUGGAUCCAAACGGAUCCAUCGUUUGGAAGAAAACAACUGGUGGUCCAAUUUUCGCUGGGCCGUGCAUACCUUCUUCUCUUCCUCAUGAGGUGCUUGUAUGCUGCAGAAAUGGAAGUGUUUACUCAUUCAAAUUGGAAAAGGGAGAUCUAAUAUGGGAAUACAAUGUUGGAGAUCCAAUUACUGCAUCUGCUUAUGUUGACGAGCACUUGCAGCUGGAAUCUGAUGCCUCCAACCCUUUGGACAGGUUAAUUUGCAUUUGUUCUAGUUCCGGAAGCAUACACAUUCUUCGAUUGAACACAAAUUUAUCCGAAGAUACAAAUCUACUAACAAGCGAAGUGCAAGAAUUUGCAAGACUUAACUUGCCGGGGGAUAUAUUCUCAUCACCUUUAAUGAUUGGUGGCCGGAUUUUCAUUGGUUGUAGGGAUGAUUACUUGCACUGUGUUUCCCUUGAAUUUCCAAAGCAAUAUGGAACUUAAAACCUUGUAUAGUUGAGAUUUUGUUGAACUCUUAUGCAGUAGGCUUAUUUCCCCGAAAAAGAAAAAAAAAUUUAUUUAGGAAAAAAAAAAACCCUUAUAAGUCAUAAGUUUAUUAGCGGCGGCUUCAGAGAAAAACAUAAAGGGUUUAUAUUUUGUUAAAGAAAUCAAUUUUUGUUUUAUUUGCUCCUAUAAUCAUUAGUUUCUCGGUUUCUAAA